AUGCAGUACUCGGACAGUGAGCCACGGCAACGGACCGCAUCCAGCCCCGGCGACGCCCAGCAAAAUGCCCAAAACCCCGCUUUUACCGAGAAUCUCCAUGCCCAGCUCGGUCAUAUGGUCUGGGAAGCGGGCAGCAAGCAAAUCAAGGACUCCUUCAAUGCCUACGGCCGGAUAGACUAUUUCCGCCCGUAUUUUGACGUCGAGCCGAAGCAGGUCCGUGAUCGACUGUUCCAGUCUUUCAUCCCCAAAUUGCCUACAACGGUGACCUAUGAUCUCUACGGGCCCUCUAUGGUCGUGCUCACGAUGGUGGCCUUCCUAUUGUUGAAUAUGAAAAGCGGAGGAUACACAACUCAAGAUGGCACGUUGAUCGGGUCGGCGAUGGUAUCCUGCUUCGCUGCCUGGAUCAUUAUGUCAACCGUCAUCUCGACGAUGUGCUACGUCGUGAACGUUGACGUCGGCUUUGUGCACACAAUUUCGUUGGUGGGUUAUUCAAUGACUUCACAUUGCCUGGUGCUGCUCCUCACUGCCAUCUACCACCCAUCGCACGAUCACAUGUACUUCUUCGGGUUGCUGCUCCUUUUCUGCUUCCCGUCGGCGCUCAGGAUGGGGAUGUAUUUCGCCUCAAAAACUCGAGAUCCCGCUCACAAGCUGACGGUAAUCGCCGUCUGCGUGGGGAUCCACUUGCUCUACUUGAUCUAUCUGCACUUUGGGUUCCACGUCAUGGUUGAAGAACUUGACGAAAUGCUUGGCGAGUCGCCCAACGUUAUCAAGGCAGCGAUCUCGGCAACGAACGCGUCCGCA